UUAAUUAUAAACUCAUAUUUUAAAAAUAAAUCUUAAGAAAAAAAAAUAAAUCAAUAUUUUUUUAUCCAAUAAUUACAUUAUUUUAUAUAAUUUUUUUUUACUAUUUGUUAAUUUAAAAUAAACCUAAAGGAGCACUAAAUUACAUUUAUAAUAUAACAAACUAAUCAGUUUUUUUACACCCGCAUUAUACCAAACUAAACUAACCAUCGUCAGCGUUCACCAAAUUUUCCUUUUUUAUUUUAUUUUAUUUUUAUUUUUUAUUUUUAAUUCAUCAUCAAUGAGAAAGCACCAAUUUGGGAGAUGAAUCACAGCAUAACUCUCCCAUACCUAUUAAAAAAAAAGAAAAAAAAAAGGAAGAAAUUAAAAAACAUGCGCAAAGGAAAAGUCUAAUAUCCGCAACCAAACUUUUGACAAAUCUUCAACUGCACCCACCCACUACUUUGCCUUUCUCCCUAUUCUGACUUCAAGAAGGUCGUUCCCCACCGCGUCUCUCCGCCCGCCGGAGAAGGCAAAAUCGAAAUGUGUCCGCUCAGGCUCAUUCUCAUAUUCCUCUCCGCCACCCUCGCCGGAUUCUUCGUUCUCAGGAACCUCAAAUCCCAACCUCAAGUCGUCGCCGAUGCUCCCGCCGACGGUGAUCGAGAUGACAAUGAUCCCCACGACUCCACUCCCAAGUCCUCCAAGGUGUUGUCGGCAAUAGGAUCGGGGUUCUGGACAUGCGUGGACAUGGCAAGCGGGCGCUAUCUCUGGAGGCAUUUGGUUUCGUCCUCCAAGCCUUCCGAUUGAUCUUUUCCUCUUCAAUUUUCUUUUUCUCUUUCGGGAAUUUUAGUACUUUCCAGGUUUGAAUUUCUGGCUGCUGUGCAAUUUGCCGAUAAUUCGAAAUAGUAAUACCAUGGGAUUCCCUCUUUGGAUCUUGAAAUGGGAAUCAAAAUGUUCGAACUUACUCUGGACAAGCAUGGAUUCGUUUCCCUGCUUAAUUUUUAGCAUUUUAUUUUCCUUUCAAUAUCCCUUGUAUUUUUCCUCGGAUCCGAACAAAUCCUUACUGUUGUACUCCUGUUUCUGUAUAGAUUGUGGCUUUUGUUUCAAAUGCAGUUUAUUUAUGGGGCUUAGCCACCCUAAAUA